CAUGGUUUAGGAGGAGGCAGAUUGGAGAGAUCAUCAACAUGAAGGCCUCCCCUUGGGGCAUGUUUGCGUCGUCAGGCACAGGCACCACCUUUCUUCGUCUCACGACCGUCUGCCCAAUGUGUAAAUUAUUGACUGCAUGUUUACGCCGUCCAAGCGCCUUGCACUCCUUCAGCUGCAGAACACGGGGGUUGGCGGGAAUUGCAAGAGAGAAGGGUUUGUUUUUUUCUGUUUGGCGCGGCAAUGGUAAUAGGGCGGCACCUGUUGUUGCCGGCCCGGCUUUGCAGAGUAGGAAAGGGGGUCUCGCGAGAUCUGGACUCGGUAGACACGUGGUCGCAAUCGGAGAAGCAUUGCGAUGUUGUGUCAGCGAAUCGAACACUUUAGAAAGAUGGCUUCCCAUGUUGCCAACCCAAGGUGUGCGCCAUUCGGGCUUAGCGAAGGGCCGAUCUCGUGCACGGCCACGAGAUUGCCGAAUAGGAACGUGCUAUGGACUACCGGUAGGAACGUUGUCGGCGAGAAGACAAGAACCACCGGUAGUUGGAGGGCCACGGGAGCGUCGCAUUCAGUUUGGCACAUGGGCUGGUGUGCGAGGCAUUCCUGUGCGCUGGCAGGGCCAAUCCGUGUUACUCGGAACGGAUUUGUUAGUAGACGGAGGAGCACAUUCUGGACCAUCUCGUGGUCCAAGCCGUGGUCUUUUCGAUCGAGUCGAGAUCCGAACCGAUGCGGCCAAAGGAGAUGGACCUGGGUCCUGUGUGAGCACUUCGGCGAUGGCAGGGGGAGCAACAGCAGGAAUCUUGGCUGCGCCUGGAAGCGAUCAGGAUCAAGAGGUGCGGCUUGACGAAGAUGGCGCCGCCACCAUUCAUGCAACGGUCACGAUCGAGGAAGCGGUACAACGUCUACGGCUGGACGCCUUUCUGGCUGGGAAGGUUCACCGACUGAGCCGCUCAAAGAUCCAAGAGAGCAUCAAGGAAGGCUAUGUUUACGUGAAUGGCAAAGCGCAGAGAAAGCCGUCCUACAUCGUUAGAGCAGGGGAGGACGUAAUUGUCAAAGACAGAUCUCCGCCCCCGAUCGAGGCCAUCCCACAAGAUAUACCGCUCUCGAUCGUGUACGAGGAUUCCCACUUGCUCGUGGUUAAUAAACCGGCGCAUAUGGUAACCCAUCCCGCAGCCGGUCACUGGCAAGGCACUCUGGUGAACGCUCUCCUCCAUCACUGCCGUCUUCCCGCGGCAGUGCCUCGCAUGUCGGAAACCACCACUCCCUGGGGCUUGAUGAUGUCGAGGACGGAUGAUGACGAUGACGACGGUGAGGAUGAUGAUGAUGGUGAGAGUAAACAGGUUGUCUCUCUGAAUGUUCAUGAAGGCGGCUCCGAGGAAUCCCCAGAGGAUGACGAGGAUGAGCAGGAGGACAAGGGGGAUGAUGAUGAUGAGGAGGAGGAGGAGGGGGAUGAGAAUGAGAGCAAAGAGGCAGAGGGUAGGCGAGUACACCAUCGCACGGAAAGUGGUUCUUACCCGCUCCUUGUUGUUGGCGAAGGGUCGGGACUGACGGCGUGGCCAGAGAAUGCCAUGGUACGACCGGGCAUCGUGCAUCGGCUUGACAAAGGUACAACAGGUCUUCUCGUGGUUGCAAAAGAUGAUUUCACGAUGAUGAAGCUGAGCGAGCAGUUCAAGACGCGCACCGUACGGCGAUCAUACAUGUCAAUCGUUUGCGGCGUGCCAUCCCCGGAGUUGGGCAGGGUGGAGGCUGCGAUCGGGCGAGACGCUCGGGACAGGAAACGCAUGGCUGUUGUGGGCGGCGGGUGUUUCGGGGAGGAGAGUACUCCUAGGCGACGGGGUGGGCGGUAUGCUGCCAGCCUAUACAAGGUUUCGGAGGUCCUGCUUCAUGGAGGCGCGUCGUUAGUCGAGUGGAGACUGGAAACGGGUCGGACUCAUCAGAUUAGAGUCCAUACCAAACAUAUUGGGCACCCUAUCCUCGGCGACGAGACCUAUGGGGGUACCAAUAAGGCUGCGUACUCGAGCAUCCUUAGAGGGGUUGUGUCUUCCCGACAUGGGGUAGCCAAGCAGCUCCUCAGUAAACUGGAAAGACCAAUGCUUCAUGCCCAAACUCUAGGUUUUAUUCAUCCUCACACAAGACAGGAGUUAUAUUUCAAAUCGGAGCUGCCUGAUGAUUUUGUCAAGUGCCUACAGGCUUUACGCGAGCUUUCCUCAUAGCUCUUAUCGUAGGGCAUGUUCACACUUGGGACUUUCUCGGACGUAUCUGGGUGUGAAGAAGUCCAGAUUCGGUUGAAGAAGUUGUACUGCGAAUAUGUCCUUAGCAGUGAGAUUUCGCCAAGUGCCGACAAGGUUUACGUGAGGUUUCCCCAUAGCUCUUAUCAUAGGGUACGCUCACACACAGGACUUUACCGCACACGGAUCUGGGUGUGAAGAAGUCCAGAUUCGGUUGAAGAAGUCCUACUGUGAAUAUGUCCUUAGCAGUGUGAUCUGCUGCCACGUCAUUUGAUC